AUGAGUCAAACUUCAGUUGAACUUCAGCCUGUCCAGGAGACGGCCCGUGAGGACGGGUACGGAUCUUCCACUUCGCAGGGUGAAGCUCUCACUGGUGGAACCGAGUUCCAGUCACUGCCGCCGGUUGAUCGGGGCAAGGAAGCAUGGCUCUUCCUGGCAGCCUCAUUCAUGGUUGAGGCUUUAACCUGGGGCUUCCCAUUUGCAUUUGGUGUCUUCCAGGACUACUACAGUACCAAUGCUCCCUUCAAAGGGUCGUCUGCCAUCGCCGUCAUCGGUACUUGCGCCAUGGGAAUCAUGUAUCUCGGCAUCCCCUUCGUCAUGGGCAUCCAGAGACUCUUCCCCCAGUACAGUCGCUGGUCUCCGGUUAUCGGCCUCUUCAUCAUGUGCAUCGCCCUGGCCUUGAGCUCCUUCUCCCAGAACACGACACACCUCAUCCUCACCCAAGGAGUUCUAUAUGCCAUUGGCGGCUCAAUCUCGUACUGCCCAUGCAUCCUGUACAUGGAUGAGUGGUUCGCCAAGCGCAAGGGCUUUGCCUUUGGCGUCAUGUGGUCGGGUACAGGACUCGCUGGGUUUGCUCUGCCGUUGUUGUUUGAACAUUUCCUGCACAAAUAUGGCUUCCGUACCACUCUUAGGAUUUGGUCCCUGGCUCUGUUCAUCUUGACCCUGCCGCUUGCAUUCUUCAUCAAGCCUCGCCUCCCUCAUUCGGCCACGAAACAUAUCAACCCUCUCAAGCUGAGCUUUGCAUUGAGCCGAAACUUCAUGUUCCAUCAAUUUGCCAAUGUGGCUCAGGCGCUUGGCUUUUUCCUGCCUGGUAUCUACCUCCCCUCAUAUGCCAGAGCCACACUGGAUGCUGGCACAUUCCCCUCGGCUUUGACCGUCUUGCUCAUCAACGUCGCCUCGGUCUUUGGCUGCGUCGCCAUGGGAGCUCUGACCGACCGUCUACACGUCACCGACUGCUUCAUGAUUUCUGCAGCCGGCGCGACUCUGAGCACCUUUUUCCUGUGGGGCUUCUCGACCAACAUGCCUGUGUUGUAUGUCUACUGCAUCAUCUACGGCUUCUUCGCAGGCUCGUACACCUCUGCCUGGCCUGGCAUCAUGCGCAUGGUCACCGCCGGACCUUCAAACGAUAGUGGUGACCGUGCUACUAGUGGUAGUUCGUUCGACCCGGCCAUGGUUCUAGGUGUGCUCUCUGCUGGUCGUGGCAUUGGCAAUGUCGCCUCAGGGCCGUUGAGCGAAGCUUUGAUCAAGGGGAUGCCAUGGCAGGGACAAGCUGCAGCCGGGUACGGGACAGGAUACGGCACUUUGAUUGUAUUUACAGGGGCGACGGCAUUUGCUGGAGGUGCGACGUUUUUGUUCCGAAGAGUCGGUUGGAUGUGA